UUAUUAUAUUAUUCCUCCGCGCGCGGCCGCAUUAUAAAAGAAGAAAUUUCGUCGAGCUGAAUUCAGAAGUCACGGUAGCACUCGACGGAGCAACAUGGCUAGCAAAUUCGUACUCUUGGCAUUGAUCGGCAUCUGCGGCGUGGCCACGGCCCUGCCCUACGGCCAAGGCGGCUUCGGCGGUCACGGGGGUCAGGGCGGCCACGGCGGCGGCGGUUUCGGCGGUAGUCACGGCGGCCAGGGCGGCUUCGGUGGUCACGGAGGCGAGGGAGGCUUCGGCGGACACGGCGGUCAGGGCGGCCUCUACGGCGGUGGCCACGGCGGUCAGGGCGGCUUCGGCGGGCCCGGAGGCCAGGGUGGCUUCGGCAGCCACGGCCAGCCCGGUGGCUUCGGAGGACACGGCCAACCCGGUGGCUUCGGCGGACACGGCGUUCAGCCCGGAGGCUUCGGUGGACACGGCGUUCAGCCGGGAGGCGGCUUCGGAGGCCACGGAAAUCAGGGCGGCUUCAACGGCGGAGUCCACGGUGGCGGCGCGCACAAUCAGCACGGCGGCUUCGGCGCCUUCGACAACCUCGGCGGUUUCCAAGAUUUCCGUUAUUAAAUGAUAAAAACGAUCGUUGUGUGAAAAUAGUGCGAACGAAAAGAAAAAAUGGGAUUGUAAUCUCUGUAAGUUGGACAGUGUAGUUGUAACAUUAGUUGUGAUAGUAGUAGCAGUGGAGCGAGUGUUCAAAAAACUUUUUUACGCUUAUACGUACUCAAAAAAAAAAAAAAAAA